AUGCCACAAUCAGAAGAUUUGCAACUCCAGUCAGAAGAUUUCUUCCAAUCAGCUGAUUCUUCUGCAGUCAUCCCAGCUGGGAUGACUGCAGAUAUGCCACAAGAAGCUUUACCUUGUCGCUGGGUUCUGAGCUCAGAUAGCUCGAGCUAUGGCAGCACUCCCUUCCAUAAGCGGAUUCCUGUCACCAAGUCCCGACCAACAUCCUGCGAUUGGGUCAAGCUCGAUGAACUAGGCGAGGUGCUCCUAAUUGCUGGAGAAAAUUACGAAUUAUCAUUAUGGGAUUUAGGACGCAGUUCCUCCGUUUGGAAGUACUCGGUUACCCAAUUCGAUAGCGGUGCUUCGCAGCCAGCGCCUCCUCCCAGCGUAAGCUUAGGGCAUCCGAACUUCACAGUAUGCAAAGGAGCAGGCAGCAAUGUAUUUUUCAGCUGCACGGCCGAUGGUUCUGUUCAACGAUGGAAAUGUUUCAAGGUGAUUCUGUACCCAGAGCUUCUCCUGGCAAUGAUGUAG